AUGAAUUUUAUCUGCGACCACUUGCCACAAGUCUGGUCAACCAACUCUGAUCGCCUCUGCUCGAACUGGCCUCAGACUGGCCCGACCAGAGCCAGUCCUUCCGCCUGCUGUUCAAGCCUCGGUUCUCCAGAGACCGAAAAUCUCUACACCUUCUGGACGCCGGCCGGACCCUCAUCUCCUUCGUCAGUGUCCUCAUCGGCUCCUCCGGGGCCCGAAGUGGCAAUUGUGUCGGCCAGUUUAGCCCCCGUGGAGUUGUCUGUCGGCAGUUGCAGGUCGGAAUACUCCCCAGCUGAUCCUUCUAGCUGGUACAUUCGUGAUCAGACGGAUCGGUCGGCUUAUGGGUCACUCCCGCUGCAGACAUCAAGUCCCUCUCGACAGGCUUUUUCUGUUUCUCCCUCCGUUUCGCAUCUGUCCCCAUCGCACUCCUUUUCAACUCCGUACACUUCAACCCAUCUACCUUCCUCCCCAUCUGCCAAGCCGUAUCCCCCUCUUCAAUUCCCUCUUCCCCAUCUCACUCAAACUCUGCCAGCUCAGCAACCGACAGCGGCAUCUCAAACAAAACAGCCAAGCCCUCAUACACUCCUUCAGCCUCCUCAGACUUCGCUCAAUCUUGAGUCGUCACUUCGACUUCACCAACUGCAAUACCAAUCGAAUCAGUCAUUUUUAUCUGGAUUUGUCCACCUCGAAGAGCCUCACUUCCCCUCCGCCCAGUUUCCCGAUGCUUCGAGCCCCUCAAAUGGUUGGGAAGAGCCACCACAUCUGUCUGAGUCACUCGGAAGAUUGCCUCCUCACCAUGUGAUGCCAACAACAUCAGAGGGUCUCAUUCACACAGCUUCAUGCAUUACUUCAUGUUCCUUUUCUCAACCCGAGACCUAUUUGACCCCGCCUGACCCAAUAACAUCCUCUCCUCAAAAUUUGUCCUCAAUCAAGCCAAUACAUGAUGCGUUUGUCGACGAAAUUUCACUCUCCUAUUCCUCAAGAGAGGCUGCGAGAACAAGACACAUGCAGGCAUUAUUAGCCACCUCCUCAACCUCCUCUUCCACCUCAAUGUCAUCCUACUCCUCCUCCUCAUCCACAUCAUCCUCAUCUUCUUCUUCCCCAUGCCCAGUGACUCCAAUAUCAUUAGAAAGUUCAACAAACUCGAAGCCCCUCCAAUCUAGACAGUUGCCAUGCAGCGGUACCUCAGAUUCAUUGUCUGAUUCUGGCUCAUAUACAUUUGCCCAAAUGGAUGUCUCCUACAAUCUUUAUCCUCCAGUCAUGUUAAAUCUAGAGGCUACCGGAGCUCAGUUGGAGGCAAGAACUCAUCUCGAAAUCUCUACAUAUCCACACAAUGAACAUAAUGGGAACCCUUAUAUGCACCAAAAACAAGCGUCCUUCUCCGGUUCUCCAAUCUGGAUAAAGGGUCAAUCUACGAGUGGAGUUUGUAUUGCAGACGCUGAAGACAAAGCCUUCUUGCCGUCUGAACACCAGACUGAGAUAGCCAGACUGUCUGGACACCAACUCUCUCUCGAUGGGGAAGUAGGCGUAGGCAAGGAUCACGAAGGUCUUCACAAAAGGCUCGAAUUUGUGGGUGAGGAGGAGGAUGAC